AUGUCCCUCGGACAGCUCCCACUUGGUAAGGAAAGUUACUCCGUAACAAUCGCCGUGGAAAAGAUCAACGACAAACUGCUGAAUCUCUUUGCUGGAUAUUUGACAAGGGCCGAAAAACUCCGUGGGAAUAAGAACGAAACGCAGGACAAUUUCUCGGAUGGCAACGGAAUUUCGUACAACACGGCAGAACGAUACCUGAGCUCCAUUAAGAACGAGAUUCUUCGUCGUUGCCUUGAUUUGGGGCUAAAGAGAUCUUUCGACGAUGCGCAACAAACGCGAAUUCGCCAGUCCAUGACAAGACGUUUUGUUGAAAGAGCCGUCCGGAACAAGACGCCUCUGGCCAGAUCUCAUGUCACAGCUGCUCGGAACGACUUUCUUGUAAUUGCGUUGUUAUGUAUCUGGGACGGUUCUUUUCCGAUGGCGGAUAUGUUAUUUUAUCUUUUGACGCUCCGAUACUUAGCCGGCCGGGGCCAGGAAGUGGCCAUGAUAUCACGGUCUAGAGUUUCUCUUGGAGAGCCAUCAGAAUGGGCCGAUAGUGGUGACAAGACCUUUGUUGUGAGGCUGUGGAGGUCGAAAGUCAGCCACGAGCAGGAUCUUUCUAUUGUUCCUCACCAAAGUGAAAUGUUGCUUGAUUGGGUGUUUGCAUUUGCCUAUAGUGCUGUGAUGAAUACCAACCCAAACGACUCGUUGUUCCCGACCUUUGCCGAAAAAGUGGAGUUGCGCAAUUUAUCAGCUGGAAACAUCAAUGAUGAAGAAAUUGGAAAUGAGACUACCCAAGAUAGUACUUUGAAAGCAAAGGUAGAUUCCAGCAAAAAAGUCACCAAGUACUUUCAAGCACUUUUGGAGCGACUAAUUAAGACAAGCGAGGAGCUUGUAGGUCCGAACGAAAUGGCUAGAGCUGCCGGUUUGUAUCAGGAUGAUGAAGAUUUUAGCGAGGAAUUUGAUGGCAGCAGCUGCGUCGGUACAACUAGUGUCAACAAUGAGCCAGGAAUAUUCAAUCUGACAGGAGAAGAAGAAACGGUUGGAUUGGAUCCCCCAGCCAAUGCUGCCUAUUACUAUAGCGGUUUGCUUCAUAAGCACGGCAUUUCAGCCGGACUCUCAACACAUUCGGCUAAGCGCUCUGCAGUCGAAAUGGCAAAUGAAAGUGCUCUAUUGCUCACAACAUGGGUAUGCUUCCGGGCAGGAUGGCUGAUGAAAGCAGUGCAUACUAUUUUUGAUUACCUAUCAUUUAAUCCGAAAAAUGAUCGACAAGUUUCGAGGGUGUUCAGCGAAUGGAAUACGCCAUCUUUUCGUGGUGAGAUACUAGGUGGGCGUCCUCCAAGACUCCAUCCCAUUCGACUUCAGGGAUUUAAAGAAGCAGAGAAGGUUUGUUGUUUUGUUGCUGCACUAUUUGUGAACUACGAAGACAAAGGCAUAGACUCCAAUAUAUUUUGCACCAUCGACGAUCGGAAAAAUCGACUUCGUGAGUUACGAAAUCUGUAUGAUCUCUUGACGGCAACUAUUCUCCGUUAUCUGCCCAAGUUUGUCAAAGUCCUUCAAGAACAUCCAAAUCCGUCUCACCCAUUCCGGCAAGGUCAACGCACUUGUAUCGAAAAGCACCCGUUUCUGUUACGAAUCCUUAAGGCAAGUCAAACAGCAGGCAUCUUGUGGGAUGAGUUGAAAGCAUGGAGUACUUUGGUUCAGAAAGACUUUCUCGAGAGAAAUUUUGAGUCAGCAAGCUGGUCUGAGAUGCUAGAGGUUGUCGGGGAGGAGCAAUUUUCUGCGGAUCCUAGGACACUGGGAGGCUACAUGGAAACAACGAAUCGGACUAUGAAUACUAUUCAGCUGGGACAGAGCAGGAUGCUGGAGACUACAAGCAUUCUUGUCGUUUUCGCGAGCGGGGGCAAGACGUUUUAA